AUAAAAUCGUUCUCUUUUUUUCGUACCGACCUUUUCGUUCGAAAUGUGGAGAGAGGGGAUUUGUGGUCUCACUUACCGGGUUCUAUUUUUUUGUAUCCCCUGCCAGUCCCUUGCGAUAGCCGCCGUUCCAGUUUCGAUUCGACGGCGUCGUCGUCAUCGUUGUCGGGGCAUGAUCACCGCUCGCUGUCCUGCGAAUCCUGCGACAGCCUUAGUGUGCUGGCGGUCGAACAGCAGUUGCGCCAAAUGCAGCAGCAGCUGAACGAGAUCAGCGUAAUACCGAUGCAGAUACAGGCGACGCUGAGCUUUCUCACCCAAACUCUGUCCAAGUUUGCUCCGCCCGAGGUACAGCGUCAGCUACCGGAGGCUUUGCGUGCAACGACCGCCCAAGCGACCGAGGAAAUGGACGGGUUUGUCAACGGUACAGAGUCAUCCGGAGAGAGAGAUGCGGCGCAGGACAACAGUGAAGACGAUGAAGCUCAGGAUGAGGAAGCAUAUGCCAUUACGCUGGAGAGCUUGUUCGAUGAGUCGGAGGUUCUUGAGACGAUACCGGCGAGAGCCGAUGAAGUCGAAGACGACGAGACCACUACCGAGGAACCUGAAAUCAGCGAAGAGGAGCGAUCGAGGAUCGAAAAACUAGAGCGUGUAAUUAAACUACAGAAGUCCUGGCCAUGGAGUCAACAGGAGAAGCCAAUCCAUAAGCGAUCCAACUGCCAUUUGGUGCCGAGCGUAGCGCUGGAACGGUCCAAGAUCAAACAGCUCACUAACAUGGAUUCGCUGCCAUUUUACAAGCAUGGAUAUCUUACUCGUGUUUGACUAGCAUGUGGGACAGGAAGGAGCAGGAGCAGCGGAAAAUAGGUUACACAAAUUCUAGUCCGAGAGAGGUUUGCAUGUUUUGUUGGAAAUGUACACUUUUUUAAUUUU